AUGCAGGUACCUCGCGCAUAUUGUGACACGCAGUCUCUGACCGAGAGUGUGACAGACUAUCCCAUCGAGCAUGGAAGACGGUAUCACAGGUACCACGAGGGAGCUUAUGUCUAUCCUAAUGAUGAACAAGAGCUAGAUCGUCUAGACAUGCAGCAUCACAUGUUCAAGAUGGUAAUGGAUGGGAAACUGUUCCACGUCCCACUUGAAGACCCUAAAAAGAUCCUUGAUAUCGGCACCGGCUCAGGAAUAUGGCCAAUCGAGAUGGCGGCAUUGUUUCCAAAUGCUGAGAUCACAGGAACAGAUCUGUCGCCCGUGCAGCCAACAGAGGUACCACCAAACGUGCAUUUCCUCAUCGACGACGCCACAGAGGAAGAAUGGCUCUGGGACGCAAACCAUUUUGACUUCAUCCACAUCGGCCACAUGACAGGUGCCAUGCCGUCGUUCAAGCGCAUCUUACGGCAAACAUUCAAACACCUGAAGCCGGGUGCCUCUUUAGAAUGUCACGAGCUUGAUCCGAAACCUAAAUGUGACGACAACACCAUGCCACCCGAAAACCCUGAUGGUGGCUUCAGCGCAUUUGCCUUGCACGACUGGGUAGAUAUGAAUAUGCGCUCAGGUCGGGAUGCUGAUCCAGCACGGCAAUUCCGCAUUGCACAUCGGAUCGAUCGGUGGAUGAAAGAGAUUGGGUUUGUGGACGUUCAACAGCGCAUCCGUAAGAUCCCAACAAAUACCUGGCCCCAGGAUGAAAAAUUGAAGACCCUCGGUGCGUGGAGUGAGAGAAAUUGGCUGGAAGCUUUGUCGGGAUGGUCAUAUAAACCGUUCCUCGCUCUUGGCUGGUCGAAACCGGAGAUCGAGGUCUUCCUGGUCGAUGUGAGGAAGAGUAUACAGGACCGCAAUGUCCAUGCAUAUAUGGAUUAUUAUGUUGUCACAGGGAGGAAACCCCUUAAUGGUGAAAGUGAAGCAUCUUGA